AUGGUCUUUACUUCUGUGAGCCAUGUAGUUUGACCUUCGCUGUUGCUACGAAGGUGGAAAUGCAUAUAGAGGAAGUGUCUCAUCAGAUUGCGAAAGCUGGCAGUACUUCUACCGUAAGACGCAUAGACGCCAACACAGUGGCAUAUGAUCAAUUUAUUAUAACAGAUGAUGCUUGGAAUGGUUGUUUGAAAGACACCUGUGUUCUAUGCAACAUUGAGUUCGAAGAAUCAGACCUUCAUGCUCAUAAGUGUUUACGCAAGCACGUCCUUAAUUUACUCACAAGUGAAGUGAUAACAUUCUUAGGCAACACUGCAAUCUACAGGAAGAUUGACGCUAAAACGAAUCAUUGUCUUACUUGCAACAAAAUCAUUGGAGUAGACUUACGUAAUCAUUUUGAUGGCGAUGAGCAUAAAAAUGCGGUUACACACAACGAUGAAAACAACGGCGGAUUUAAAGCAGACACUUUAACAAACAAUGGUGAUGCUAUCCCAUCACCCCACAAGAAAAAUAACUCAGGAGGAGAUGAAGGUCACAACAAAGUUCUCUUUGGAGGCACUGUUAACGGGGAUUCCAAGAAGGACGUUGAAAGAGUAAAAGAUGAUUUAAAGGCAUCAAGUGCUGUUGACGAAAAUGACUUCUACUUGAAAAACAUAGUGACCAGAAACUAUGUGACUGACUAUAAAGGCAAAAAAUGGUGUGUCUUAUGUAAUUGUUUCAUAACAAACUGCCAACCCGAUGAACAUCUGCGUUCGGAACACCAUCGUAACCUAAUAAAACUGAACGAGGGUAAAAAAGAAAACGGACAAAAGGCGAACGAAAAUCCAAAAUCAAAUAUGAAUACUCAAAACAACAUUCAUAUGGAUUUGGUUAAUGAGACUGACCUGAAAAACAACAAAAAAAAUGUACCGUUUCUAUCAGGAAUGAAGUCGAAUGGUUCUGAGCGGACCACCUUAUUUACUAACCCAGUCAAGAUGACUACCUCUGACGCUAAGACCGAAAAGCCACGGACUAAAGGGAUGAAGAUACAGGACUUCGCAAAAAAUCACGGCUUCACUCGCAACUUAGCCGAUAAUAGCUAUUACUGUCACACUUGCGAUCGUCGACUCCCAACCAAACUCAGCGAAUUAAAAGCACACAUCGAAAAUAAGACUCAUAUCGAGAAUAUUAAAAUCAAAACAUCUAAAACUGAUAAAAAAAUAGUUACAAAAAAGCCACUUCUUGAUGUCAUAGAAGUGAGCGAAUUCGUUCAAGAUAAAGAAGAACUCAUUUUAAUUGUCAACAACAAAUAUUGGCUCAACGCAUUUGGUUUCUUCCUGAUUGCUAAGUUUUGUGUUAAAAUAUUCUGCCAUGCUUGCAAUAUAGAUCUGACAACAGAUAAUGUUUUGAAUCAUCUUAUUCAAGAUGAGCACAGAGAUAGCGUGGAGAAAUGUCUCUUGAUUACUUCUCUGGAGGAUGAAUUUAUAAGAGAGAUAAAGCUGGAUAAGUAUCAUUGUGGAUACUGCAACAUCGUAGAAGAAGAUUGGGACGACAUAGUAGACCACGUUGCUUUACCCGAACAUAAAUCAAAUAGGCUUAAAGCCGAAGAGAAACUUAGAAAUUACGGUAAAAUGACCCGAAUCAGAGAAGUACUCACGAUGGAGGACCGAAACAGACUAAUGUUAACAUUCCUAUCGAAGAUUAAUAACGACAAAAGAUUUAAAUAAUAAAUACCGUGGUCGAGAUCGAUUUAUUUUAAAAAAAUAAUCAAAAUUUGAUCGUUAUCAGUAUACCUGUAUCGUUUCUGAUGUUCUAUUUAAGUUAAGGUACACUUAAAUUCCUUUUUUUAUACAUAUAAUACAAAAAUAACAA